CAAAGGAAUCCGCCCCCUGCUCUGUUCCUGCAUCCCUCACCUGCAGCUUCACAUGUUUCGCUAGUAUCUACGGCCGUUGCUGGUCCGGGGUCAGUCAGCACGGGUGUGUCCUCGUCCCAAGCAACGACGGGGUUAUCAGCAGGCACUGCUCCCGCCCCGCGCAGAGGCAUCCUGCCACCGCUGCAGACGGGCCCAGCCCCGUACGCGCGCCGCGAGUCGACGCGCGCGACGGAUAGGACCGAUGCGCUGUGGGCCGAGAUGCAGGCGACGCUCGAGGAGGUUGAACUCUCGGCCAGCGGCGGCACGCGUGUCUUCGGCCCGGACCACGACCGCAAGCUUGCCGAGCUGCGCGCCGCCCAGAUCGAGCUCGCACAGGCCUGGGCGCGAUCCGAGGCCGACGAGGCCAUCGAGACCGCGUCGUCUGCUGCUGCUGCUGCUGCUGCUACUGCCGCCGCCUCGGCGUCCACGGGGACCGCUGGGGUCGGCGGAGAGCUGAGGACAGACGGCACAGGGGCCACGGCUGACGGCGGCGUGAGAAGUGCUGCUACCGGCACAGCAAGCAUACGUCCUGGGAGCGCGGGGACCGGUGCGGAGAAGCUUGGGCGCAAGCUAGACGAGGAGACGGAGAGCGAUAUCAGGCGAGCAAGGGAGAGGAGGAAGGCGAACGAUCGGUAUUUCCAGCGCGUCAACCAGGGCGUGCUAGAUGUCAUCGCAAAGCUAGACGGUGUUGCUACCGCCAUGAGGGCUGUGGAGCAGGAGUCCAAGGAUGUCUGGGGGGACGAGAGCGUGCCAUCCAGUGCGAGG